AAGCUUUAUAGCUGAAACUUCAAGUUGUACUGUGUUUACUUCCUUUAUUCAUGGUUUAUUGAUGUGUUGAUGAAAUGGAGACGUCCACAUCGGUGAUGCUGUACCACGACGGCACCACUCAGAUGCACCUACUGCUGCUGUUAAUUAACGCGUUGCACCAGGCACAGGCCAGUGGCUACCAGCAACCACAGCGGAUGACCAGGUCGCUCGGACACCUGUACCAAGAUCUAAUACCGAAUGUCUUCAAGAGGGUUGAAUCACACUUGCUGCAGCAACAGGAGAACUUAGAAUGGGAGAAUCAAAAAGUACAGUGGUUCAUUACAUCCCUAAAAGAGAAAAAGUUGGUGUGUAUAAAAUUAAGCGAUGGGUUCCAAGUCGUAGAAGAAGAAAAUGAAUAUGGACUGCAGUUGGUUGAGGAACUAGAAAGUGAAAAGAAACGAGGAUUACAGUUAGAAAAACAGCUAGAGAAUGAAACGAAUUAUGUAUCACAGCUGACAGCAGAUUUACAGAAAGAAAAGGAAUACAGAAGGCAGCUCAACAAGGAACUAGAGAAUGAGAAGAAGCGACAAUCUCAGUUGUUUAAAGAAUUAGAAAAUGAAAAGAAACAGAGACAGCAAUUAGCUGAGAAACUAGUAGAAAGAAAGAAAUAUGAUUCACAAAUGGCUGAAAAUAUAGAGAAAGUAAAGAAUCUUGCAUCAUAUCUGACUAAGAAACUUACUGAAGAAAUUAAAAAUAGUCUGCAACUGGCCAAAAGCUUAGCAAAAGAAGUGGCACGUUAUUUAACACGGCUAGCUACAUUAAUGGAGACGGAAACAGAAAACAGAGUUAAAGUGGCUGAAAAUCUAGAGAAAGUAAGACACCAAUGUUUUAAAAUGGCUACAGACCUGGAGAGACAAAGUGAAAAAGUUAUCAAAGUGACUAAAGACCUGGAGAGACUGAAGCUGCAGAGAUUGCUAAUGGCAGAGAAACGUAAGCAAGGCGCACUGCUUCGAGCUGAGAGACUGAGACUGUCAGGUGAUCAGCAGCCAAUCGAGACACACCUGUGCGCACUGGAAACUGAACUACUUCUCGAGAAAGAGAAAAACCGGUGUCUAGAGCUGGAACUGCAGUUGGUGGAAGAGCAACUGCGAGCAGCUGGCUUGGAGCACAGGUUGGAAAAGGAAGUCCUGAUAAAUGGAGACCUCAUAACUCAUGUGAAGAAGGAGCAGCAGCGUGCACAGGAGACCCUAACUCAGUUAGAAGCAGCGCGCACAGUGACUGCGCAGCUGGAAACAGAACUGCAGAAGGAGAAGGAGUACGGACUAGAACUUGUAAUCGACAAGAAGAAACACAAGAGUCGUCUGUGGACUCUGGAAACUGAGAAUCGCAACUGUACAGCGCAGGUGUCGGCCCUGACGCAGAUGCUCGAUAACAAAACUCAACACAUCAUGAUCCUCACAGCUCAGCUGGAGGCAAGAGAAUCCAUGGAAGUGUUUACUGGGCAGCAGUCAGAAAAGAAAAUGCAACAACAGCUCUAUGCUGCUACGACUCAACUGCGGGAAAGGAAGCAGCACCUAAAGGAGUUCUUACAGUACCUGCAGACGCAUCAACGUGACAUCGGUAAGUGGAGCUCGCUGGUAGCAGCUGUGGAGUAUGGAGAGCCAGUGGUGCUACAGAUACUGCUCGAUUCAGGAACAGAUGCCAAUGUCGCAGACCACGCUGGGAAACUGCCAUUGCUGCAGGCUGCAGAACUGGGAGAAGCUACCUUAGUACUGAUGCUUAUUGCAAAUGGAGCCAAGCUAACGAUAGCAGACAAGGAUGGCCGCUCUGCUCUGCACCAGGCUGCCAAACAGGGCCAUACUAAGGUCAUGCGCGACCUUAUUGAUAUCGGUGCAAAUGUGUCGGCUGGAAACAGAUGGAAGAGCACACCCCUGCACUAUGCUGCAUGGAACGGCCACCUAAAUGCCACACGCCUGUUACUGGAACGGGGCGCUGAUGUGAACAGUUGGAGUGCCGGUGAUUGGCGGCCACUGCACAGAGCAGUGCAGGGUGGAUAUGAAGAUGUGGCCCAUUUCCUGGUGCUGCACGGUGCGGACCUGGCAGCAGUUAAUGAGGAUGGACAGACCGCAAGAGACAUGGCUGAAAGCAGGGGCACCAAAUUUCUGCAGAACAUUACAAGGAAGGAAUAAGUGUGAAUGGUUCUCUGACAUUAGUUAGUGCAUGACUUAUGAAUAUGAUAAGUGCCUGAUGACAUCAGGAAGAAAAAAGUUACGACCCGCUGUUAAAAAGGUUUGUAAUCUUUGUGAUGCUAUAACAAUAAAUAUUAUUAUAAAAUAAAGAACAUUAUAAUGAGA